AUGAGGCUGGCAGGGGGCCCCGUCACCCUGAGGACGACACCCCUCUUGCUGCUUGGGCUCUGGGUGGUGAUGGCUCCUGCCCAGUGUUCUCAAAGUCGUCCCUCCUGGCGCUACAUCUCCUCCGAGGUGGUGAUUCCCAGGAAGGAGCUGCACCACAGCAAAGCCGUGUGGGCAGCAGGCUGGCUCUCCUACAGCCUGAGGUUUGGGGGCCAGAGACACGUCCUCCACAUGCGGCGCAAGAGACUCUUUUGGCCUGGACAGGUGGUGAUGAUGACUCAGGAUGACCAGGGGGCGUUGCAGGUGGACUCCCCCUUUUUCCCUCUCGACUGUUACUACCUGGGCUACCUGGAGGACGUCCCUCUCUCCAUGGUCACCGUGGACACAUGCUAUGGGGGCCUGGAAGGCAUCAUGAAGGUGGACGACCUUGCCUAUGAAAUCAAACCCCUCAAGGAUUCCCAGAGGUUUGAGCACAUCGUUUCUCAGAUCUUAGCCGACACCAACGCCACAGGACCCAUGACCAGGCUGGGAUACAAGGCACAGGGGCACCCCCUGCUGUCCAACGUGAACACCAGUGCAGCCUCCAGGGUCAGCAGUAAGCUCUAUGCAUCCCACAGAGGAAACAUGAAAGCCUGCCUCAUGAGUUCAAAUUCCAUUUAUACUCUGUACACAAAUAUGUCAGAAAACAUCAAAUUCCUAGUAUAUCUAGGGAGUUUAAUGGACUCCAUGUUCCGAGGCCUUGACAUAAGGUACUACAUCAGCAUCAUGGUCAUUUAUAAUCAGAGGGAUCCAGCCGAUAUGAACAACUUUGCGCGAAGGACCACCUGCAUCAUGAACAGGUACCCUGUGUUGACAGAUGCCUUUAGCAACUGCUCUGUGGUACACCUACAAAACUCCUAUAGUGAUAACUAUGCAGCAUGCCUCUACUUAACUGAAUUUGUCCAUGUAAACGAAAGCCUGACAGUCACUCGAUGUGGAAACUCUGAGGUGGAAGACACAGAGCAGUGUGACUGUGGGACCUUCAGUGAGUGCUAUAGCAACACCUGCUGUGAAACCAACUGCUACUUCACACCCGGAAGCAUUUGUAACAGAGAAAUAUGCUGCACAAACUGCACCUACACACCUGCGGGGACGCUCUGCAGACCGAUCCAGAACAUCUGUGAUCUUCCGGAGUACUGCAUGGGGCAGGACACGAGGUGCCCUGGGAAUUUUUAUCUCCAAGAUGGAACCCCGUGCACCGAGGACGGCUACUGCUAUCAUGGCAAUUGUACCGACCGCAGUGUGCACUGCAAGGAGAUCUUUGGGGAAGGCGCGCUGAAUGCUCCAAAACACUGCUACGAAAUUAAUAGGCAGGGAAGCCGAUUUGGACACUGUAAAAUUACUCAUCUGUUCAAUCCAGGCCGUUGUUAUGGCGAUGACUAUCUGUGUGGACGCCUACAGUGUGUGAACAUCACUCAUAUGCCUCGGAUGCAGGAACAUCCAGUAAUGUGA